AACAAUUUGCGUACUUUGCUAUGGCAGAAGUACAAGUCCCAACACCAGCUGAUGCUGUUUCUGAUGUGGCACAGCCAUCUGGUGUUGACAAAGAUGCACUCAUCACCCGCCUGGACACUUUGCUUGAGCAGUACCUGUACACUCUGGAUGAGUAUGAAAAGCUCAUGCAGCAGCUGUCGAAGCAGCUAUCCUCCGGCUACUUCUCUCUGACACAAGCAAACUUCCACAACCGAUCCGGUGUGCAUUACGGACAAGACAGUUACGAUGAACGUGUCCAAGCAACGCGGAAGAUUGUGGUGACUGAAGAUGUGGAUUGCAGCUUGCGCUACUCUACUACUCCAACAUUACCAAGCACGUUUGCCAAAUCAGAGAAAGACACUACCCCAACAAGCACUGAGGCAGCUAAGGAUGAAAACGUUGAGAAGACUAAAGACGAUGACACGGCAGCUGGUGCAACACCGCGGAGGGAGAAGUCCAAAGAAAAUGACGUGGAUGAUGGUGCAGAGGAGGAGAGUGAUACAGCGAAAUCCACAGUCGUGGAUCCAAUCCGCAUGUUCGGCAUUCUUGUUCCGCCUGCGCUACGGUCUGCGCAAGUGUCAUUCAGGGAAGCUGUCGACGGGCCGGUGGUCAGAUUGGCGGAAGUUACGGGGGAGUUGAGGGCGUUGGAGAGGGAGAUUGGGAGGGCGAGGAAGAGUAUACGGAAGGCGUAGGUAAUGAGUGAGCCAUUUUUUGUCCGUAAGUUUAAUGCACACGAUCAUGGAAC